CUGGAGUAGAGAUGUGAGCUACAUCACCAACGUGAUCGAGACCUCUCCCAAGUUCAUAGGGGAAAAGCGUAACGUGCAGGUAUGACUCCUACGACCCGGCUACGGAACUUCUUGGAUCGACCCAGAUACGCACGUAAAGCCCUUUUUUUUUCUGUCAACGCACGUAAAGCCCAAACAAGGAGAUAAAUAAUAUAAAUAUUAAACAGAGAGAGGAUAUAUAGGGUUUGUAGGAAAAUUAGGGUUGUCGAGGGAAAAUGUUUAAUUUGCGACGUAUUGCAUCAUCAGGUUCUCUCCAUCAUCUCUGGAAGAGAGAGAUGAGAAUAGUGGUGGCUCCGUUUUCUUCUUCUGCUGAAAGUCAGAUCACUAGUUCUUCUUCUUCUUCUUGUUCUGCUGAGAAUGCUAAGAGCUGUAUUUUCGGGAAGCUGCAGUUUCUUAUCACUGAGACCUUAGAUUUCAUCACAAGGGAGGAAGAGAAGAAGGGUGUUUCUGUCCCUACCAAGGAGGAUCUUGUCUUCUGGGCAAAACAGCUUGACAAAGACGGCAAAAAUCAUUAUGCUCUCGAGAUCUUUGAGUGGAUGGAUAAAAAGAAGAUGGAGUUUUCUCCUUAGGAGCUUGCCUUUUUCGUGGAUCUCAUUGCUAAGGGCAUGUGCAUCGCUGGAACCCACUUGGGGUUUCAGAUUUUUAAUUUUUUCUUUUUUUUAUUUUUUUUUAAAAAAAAACAAAAAGAAUGAAUUAAACGCGGGCCGCCACGUGUCAGUGGGGUCGCGAAAAUCACAAAAACCCAAAAGAAGUCGAUCCUUAUCUCA